AUGGCUUCGCUACACGAUGUCCAGGCCGAGAACCUCUACGCCGUGGUGGACAUGGGGAGCAAUGGCAUUCGCUUCUCCAUAUCCAAUCUCUCUCCGCCCACGACACGGAUAAUGCCCACACUGUUCCAAGAUCGCGUCGGAAUCUCAUUAUACGACGCCCAAUUCCCUGCUACAUCCGCCGGCCAACGUGCACCGAUCCCAACGACUGUCAUCGACGAGGUAGUGACCAGGCUAUUGCGUUUCAAGACUACAUGUGCCGACUUUGACGUCCCUACGCAAAACAUUCAUGUGCUGGCUACCGAAGCAACCAGAACCGCACUGAACUCGGCCGAGUUCCUCGGAGCGAUCAAAACCCGAGUCGGAUGGGAGGUGAAACUGUUGUCCAAGGAAGACGAGGGCCGUAUAGGCGCCCUGGGCGUGGCUAGCAGCUUCGCCUCGGUCAAGGGCUUGGUGAUGGAUCUUGGAGGCGGCAGCACACAACUUACAUGGAUGAUUGCGCAUGACGGUGUGGUGGAAACAAGCACCCGUGGGUCUAUCAGCUUUUCAUACGGCGCUGCAGCGCUUACGAGAAGACUUCAGCUCGCCCAAGCAAAGGGGAAAGAGGCCGUGGAAGAAUUAAGAGCGGAAAUGAAAGCAAACUUCCAGAGCGCCUAUCCGUCCUUGGAAGUCCCAGACAGCCUUGAAAGGGAGGCCAAGGAGCACGGAGGAUUUGAUCUCUAUCUAUCUGGUGGAGGAUUUCGAGGAUGGGGCUACUUGCUCAUGAGUCAAUCUAAGCUAAACCCUUAUCCGAUCCCGAUCAUCAACGGGUUUAGAGCUACGCCAGAGGAUUUCCAAGAUACUUCAAAUGUUAUGAAAACAGCAGCCGAUACCGAAGACAGCAAAAUAUUUCGUGUCUCGAAACGGCGAGCUUCACAGGUUCCGGCCGUUGCCCUUCUGGUGAAUGUCCUCACGGAAUGUCUCCCAGCCGUCAAGACUAUCAGGUUCUGCCAGGGUGGCGUACGUGAAGGAUUCCUGUUUGACAGAAUUGAUUCCGAAACUCGCAGACAAGACCCUCUUCUUGUUGCCACCAUGCCAUACGAAACCCCCUCGGCGGAUGCCAUUUGUGACCUUCUUAAGGUAUCUCUACCUGAAACUGAAUCCCCUAUAUUAUCACGGCGAGUCCCGCCUUCAUUCUCGCCUAGCCUGCUCCGUGCCUUGAGCAAUCUUUUAUUUGCUCAUGUUGGAGUUCCGAGAGAAACUCGCCCUGCUGCCGGACUAUACAGUACCACUACAGGCAUCCUUGCCUGCGCAAAUAGCCUCGCCCAUAGUGACCGGGCAAUUCUUGCAUUGAUACUUUGCGAACGCUGGCCCGGAGACCUUGCACCUGCGGAAAAAUCACUACAAACUCGUCUUCAACAGUUCGUUUCCGCAGACGAGGCUUGGUGGUGUAUAUACCUUGGCCUUGUCGCGACGCUGAUCGGCGAUGUGUAUCCGGCUGGACGAGUUCCCACGGGCACACCGCGCAUCGAGUUUAGUACGAGCUGGAAGCAGGUUUUCAAAAAGAAACAGGGAACCACCGACGCGCUGUCGUUGCAAGUUGUCGUGAACGAGGGGGUUCAACAGACGGUCACAGACACAGCCCUCAAGGACACAAUCGGCAACAUUGAGAAAUGCGGCAAACAAAAGAACUGGAUUCAAGCAGGGGACCGGCUUCAUCGAGAAGAGAAAAGAGCAGGCGAUUACGGGGUGUGUGUUGACAUUGAGGUUUCGUCGAGAUAG